AACGUGAACGCCCAAUGUUGAAAGAAUGAAACAGUGACAGACUCGACUACGUGACCGACCAAUCGGAAUCCACCACCACGAAUCAAACUGCGUCCGUCAUGGCCCCAAAACUGCGCCUCUAACGUUCAUCUUAUUGUCACCUAUCCACUCGUUCGUUUUACGGCAUUUGGACCCAAAAUUGAAUUUCUCUUCUUCUUCCUAGCCCCCGCCCGCGCACUUAAGUUUUCUCUCUCUCUAAAACCCUCUCUCUCCUCUCUAUGUAAUUCCCUCUCUGAUCCGUUGCACCCACAAGUGGUUCGUCUAUCGACAGGACCAAUGAGAGGAAAAGGAAAAUCAGUACAGCAUCCCCAAUCUGGAACUUGUUCCGGAAGUAAUACACUGAAAAGGUGCAAGAAUAAUGGGGAAGCUGAUAAUGUUGUCCUCAUUGAUGUCGAUAGCGAUACGCUUGACAACGUAAAGGUUAUCAAUGUUCCCAAUAGCUUAAAGAAGAAGGUACGAGGUUCAAGUGUAAUCUGCAUUGAUGAUGAUGAAAGUUAUCCUGGAGUUGGUGAAGAUAAUGGUAGUGAAUUUUCUGAUGAUGCAUCCUUGCAUGGGCGAGUUUCCCCUGCUUUUAACCACAGUCGAAGCUCCGUGGAUGCAGUUGGUGACGAGUGUCAAUUUGUUCAAGAAAAUUCUUCUCCAUUUAAGUUAUCAAAGUGCAAAAGAACCUAUUCAGGAAAAGCUUCUGGAAGGAAUCGUUAUGGUUUAGAUUCUGAAUCGGACAACAGUGGUUCAUCCGAUAAUGAUUUUCAUGAUUGUGAAUUCAUGGAAGGCUCUUUUGGAAAGCUUCGCGAGGAUUGGGAAAAAGCCCGCAUGAAGAGGAAAAAUGAUCUCCGCAGUAGUAUGUAUGCUAGGUGUGAUGAGGCUAGCACUACUGGGUUGUAUACUGGGCCGCAGAAAAAUGUUGAAGUGGAAGACCCAAUUGACGAACACACAGAGGCCCAGGUGUCUUCUAGUUCAGGCACUGUCAGAUGCGAGGAAGAAAGCCCAUGUCCUUUUGCUCAAACUGUUGAGGGAAUAUCAGGGGGAGCUUUUGAAAGUUCCAAGAAGACUCCUUCAGCAAAUUUUGGUUUGAAAUCAACUCAUGAUACCCAAUUUUCUUAUAGUGAGGGUAAUAAACGGGAAGGAGGAGAGGGGGAAACUAACACGCACAAUGAGCAUGGUGGUUCCAGUCUCAUCGAUGAAGAAGAUCAAUGCUGUCAAGGACCUUCUUUAGGUUCUAGUCAUGAACAGGGUAAUGAACAAGUUAACCAUAGUAAAAUGUUUUCUCAACACGAAGAGAGAACAUCGGCCACAAAACCUUCAAAUCCUGAGCCAACUAUUGACGUAAGUUUUGGCCAUACAGAAUCUAGUUUCAACUCUCAUGUUCUUAAUGAGUCAGAAGCCACAGGUUGUAUGUAUGGGGAUAAGGAGAAAAUGGUAUAUGGGCAAUCUUCAUAUCAGAAUAUUGAAACCUGUCAUGAAAUGAGGGUUAAUCAUGGCGUUUCUUAUUCUGAUGUUGGAGCAAUUCCUGAGGAAACUUUGUGUGAAGUUCCAUCCUUAGGAAAGUCAGGGUUUGAAAAAGAAAAGGGUGGCUGUCAAGACACUGUGAAACAGGUCCCCAAGGAACCAUCAUUAUGUAGCAUUUCUCAAAAUAAAGUGCAUACUGAACCCAUCGUGGGUUCAAGUUCAAGCAUACGAUCUGGUGAAAUUUCUAGUCCUCAACAAGAAGAAGAAAAGGAUGUUCCAUUUAAUUCUCAAGAUGGCGACGUUGCGGAUGCUUUAAGUAGUUUAAUUAGUGAAAGAGAAAAACUUAAGGAGACUGAUGAAUACAAACGAGCAGUGGAGGAAGAAUGGGCAUCCAGGCAACGAGAGUUGCAACUUCAGGCUGAAGAAGCACAAAAAUUGCGGCAGCUGCGGAAGAGAAUGAACGCUGAAAGCAUGCGUUUGUUAGACAUGGAGAGGAGACAAAAACAACGUGUUGAAGAAAUGCGAGAGAUUCAAAAGAAGGAUGAGGAGAAUAUGAACAUGAAAGAACAAGUUCGUGCUGAAGUCAGGAAGGAGCUUAACAUAUUGGAAAAUAGAUGUCCAGAUAUGGCUUCACUAUUGCGCGGCCUAGGAAUCCAAUUGGGUGGUGGAUUUAAGCCUCUGCCACAUGAGGUUCGUGCAGCAUACAAACGAGCUUUGCUAAGCUUUCACCCAGAUAGAGCUUCUGGAUCAGACAUCCGCCAGCUGGUUGAAGCUGAGGAAAAAUUUAAGCUUAUUUCACGCAUGAAGGAUAAGUUAUUGAUGACUUAUUAGUGAUACUUGGAAUGUUAGCUUGGUUUCAGCGUUUUGGAAGGCUGAACCCUCUGCGGUUAUUAAUCCUCCUCACAUUCUUUAGAUUAUCUCACAGAGAAGCCAUAUCUUUUGCUUCCCUCGUAGGACAAUUCGUUCAGGAGACAAGUCAUGAUUGUACAUACUACAUAGGAUCACUCUCGUACUGCAACCCUGCGACCCUUUGACUAGUGCUGCUACUAAGGGUUUGUAAUUUUGCACUCCUUGUAGCUUGAGCAGUAUUCAAUCCCUAGGUCUUGUGGAACUCCCAUGCUGGAGAUUUCUUUCAUUCCAUUGUUUUUUUGGCAUAUGUAAAGUUUUGCAUUCUGGGUUAAUCUCGGGUCAAUUGUAAGUGAAUAUAGAAAAUUGAAGUGGUGAAGUGUUUGUACAUCUCCUGAGGAUAGUGCUUUUCGUUUUACCAGAGCAUUGCUAGAAAUCA